UCAUCCACGUUUACAACUCGUUCCGUUACCUAGGAAACGAGUGUUCAUAUCGAUAAAUACCGCUACUUGUCACAUGUUCCGAAGUUUAUGUUACGAGUAUGGCUGCUGUUCUGCCAGAUUCUGAUAGCGAAGACGAAUUACCACCGGGAUGGGAAGAAAGAACCACGGUUGACGGCAGUGUUUACUAUGUGAACCAUGCAACAAAAGGAACGCAAUGGACACACCCAAGGACAGGAAAGAAGAAAGUUGUGUCAGGAGAUCUUCCAUUUGGAUGGGAAAAAUGUGUGUCUGAAGACGGAAAAAUAUUUUAUGUUGAUCAUGUAAAUCGUCGUACAACGUAUACUGAUCCAAGACUAGCAUUUGCAACAGAAGAGAAGGAACAUCCACAUGACUUUCGUCAACGAUAUGAUGGUUCGACUACUGCUUUACAGAUUUUACAUGGCAGAGAUUUGACAGGAAAAGUUGCUGUAAUAACAGGUGCUAACACAGGAAUAGGCUAUGAAACAGCAAGAUCAUUAGCAUUCCAUGGAUGCAUCGUAGUAUUUGCUUGUCGCAGUCAGUCGAGGGCUGAGGCAGCUAUAGCAAGAAUUCAAGCUGAAAGACCAAAUGCUCGAUGUAAUUUCAUUGAGUUAGAUCUUUGUUCACUGGCAAGUGUGAAGAUGUUUGUCGUCAAUUUUAGACACAUAUACCAGUCAUUGGACUAUCUCAUUCUUAAUGCAGCGAUUUUUGGGUUACCAUUCUCAUUGACAGGGGAUGGAUAUGAAACAUUGUUUCAAGUAAACCACUUGAGUCACUUUUAUCUCACACUGCUGCUUCUGUCAUCGCUGCAUUCAUCAUCUAGGAUUGUUGUUGUGUCUUCGGAAUCCCACAGGUCUUCGGAUUUGUGUCUCAGCAAUAUUUCACACAGUAAAUUAUCUCCCAGUUCGGGGAGUCAUUAUUGGUCUUUGAUGGCUUAUAAUCAUUCAAAACUCUGUAACAUUCUGUUUGCCAAUGAACUGGCCCGCAGAUGCUUAGAUAAGGGAGUAUGUGUGAAUUCUUUGCAUCCUGGAAACUUAGUGAGCUCAGAUUUACCUCGACACUGGUGGUUUUAUCGACUUCUGUUUACCUUAGUCAGACCAUUUACAAAAUCAUUGCAACAAGCAGCAGCAACAACUGUAUACUGUGCAACAGCUCCAGAUCUAGAUUCAGUCUCAGGAAUGUACUUUAACAACUGUUGUCGGUGCGAACCCAGUGAAGCUGCUCAAGAUUACGAUUUGGCUCAAGAACUAUGGCGAAUUUCCAUGAAAAUGGUGGGAGACACAAUGGGAAGGUCUGCAAUGAUUCUACCAAUGCGUAAGAGGGAAGCACUUGAAAUUCAUAAACAUGGCAAUAGUUGUAAUAAUAAAGUAGUAGUCCCAAGGUAAGUUGACCUUGGAUUCCUGUGCUGCAGUAAAUGACUGUUGCAACAAACAAGUGCAGAACCACAACAGUAAUGACCAACGAAAGGGCUUCAGAUGUUGGCACAACAGGAACACACGAUCUCUGGCUGUGGGUUUGACUCCAAUCUGCCAUCAGCAUGGAGGUGACCUUUUGACAAUGUCAGCCACUCAUGCUGGUGAAGCAACAGAAAAAUCAGUAAAUAAAUGUCAGCCAAAGGACUGAGACAAAAGCCAACACGCAAAAUGAAAUGUACGGUUUUGUGUUAAAAACAUAAAGUUAAAACUAAAGAGAACUAUCUGGUACUUCACUCACAUAGUGGAACAAUAAUCUCCAGGUAAUGACAUUAAAGACCUGAACUUUAAGAUGAAUGAGUUAGAGAGCACUGCCAAAAUUAAUCAUACAUAUAACUUUUAUGAACAGACUGAUGUAUAUU